GCAGAGUCUUGUCGUCAGUCCUUGCUCUGCUCCUCGCUCGAUUCCUAAUUCCAUCCUCCAUAGCAAUCUCAACAUGAGCAACCGCAUUCUCCAGGCAGGAGGUAGCAGCACCAGUGCUGGCGACGCCGCCCUCAACGCCAGGCGCCAGUCAAUGGUAUCUCAGGCCUAUACUCAGUCCGAGUAUUCAGAGUCAGAGCUUGGUGAGCAAGAUAACCGCUGGGAUGACUGGGAGGACGAAGAUGGUAUGGAGGGCGAAACCCCAAAGUGUCUAUUCUGCGCCGAGACGUUCCCCUCGGCCCGCGAGGCUUUCUCCCAUUGUGCUGUGUCCCACGGAUUCGAUUUUCUUCGCGCACGCCAGCAGCUGGACCUCGAUUUUUAUCAAUCGAUCCGCCUGAUCAAUUAUCUACGCAAACAGGCCCAGGAAGUCGAAAACUUUGAUCAGACCAAGACCUGGACCCUGAAUGGGCAGGAAACUUUCCUAACGGACGACGAAUUUCUCCGUCCGGUGAUGGAGGAUGACUCGUUGCUCUAUGCGUUCGAGGAUCUGGAUCUGGAGGACUACUCGGCUGGAGAGACGGAUCAAGCCCAGGAUACGACUACUAUUCUUAUGCCACAGGGAGAGACCAAGUAUAUGACACGGUCAGCGUAUGAGGAUAUUGAGACGACGACAGAGCUCGAGGCUAAGCUCUUGAAGCAAUUGCGUCUGGCAGAGGAGCAGCUCUUCGCGGUUGAGGUCCAGCUUCAGAAUACAGAGAUGCAGUUCCAGGAAUAUAGGGCGAGGGUGAAGGAAUCGUUCUUUGAUACGCUAGAGGAUGCGACGGCCAGGAGUCAGGUCUCGCAGGCAGCGCAGGAGACACAGGAGGGUGAUCCGAUGGCUCAGGUGGUUCCUCAGGACGAGGGCAACUACUACUUCAAUUCGUAUGCAAAUUCGGAUAUCCAUCAGCAGAUGUUGAACGAUCGUGUCAGGACAGAGGGCUACAGGGACUUUAUCUACGAAAACAAGGAUAUCUUUAGCGGAAAGACGGUCCUCGAUGUCGGUUGUGGUACAGGUAUUCUAUCGAUGUUUGCAGCACGCGCUGGAGCUGCCAAGGUCUUGUCGGUCGACAACUCGGACAUCAUUGAGAAGGCACGAAGGAACAUUGAGGAGAACGGACUGCAGGAUGUCAUUACGCUUUACCGAGGCAAGAUUGAGGAGAUCAAGUUGCCCUGCAAGGUCGACAUUAUCAUCUCUGAGUGGAUGGGAUAUUUCUUGUUGUAUGAGGCCAUGUUGGACUCGGUCCUGGUCGCAAGGGAUCGGUUCUUGGCACCCGGGGGCAUCUUGGCACCAUCCCAGACCAGGAUCAUGUUCACAGCAUCGUCGGACGAGUCCUUUUUGAACGACUCUUUCCAUUACUGGAACGACGUUUACGGGUUCAAGAUGUCAACCAUGAAGGAGGGUGUGCUGCAGGAGGCCGUCGUCGAUUUCGUCUCACCCGAGACCAUUGUCACCAACACGGUAGCGAUCAAGGAUCUCCCUCAUCAGACCAUUAAACUCGCAGGCUUGGAUUUCAUCUCUGAAUUCGAGCUCGAGAUGCAGCGGGACGAUCAGGUGUGCGCAUUUGUCGGAUACUUUGACACCUGGUUCACCCGAGAUGGUCGCGAUGUGCCCCUGGAUGUGGGUAUCUCAAAGGAGGAGCUCAAGCAGCACGGCAUGAACGGAUUUACGACCGGACCGGUGUCCACACAGUCAGAGGAGACGCAUUGGAAGCAGACCAUGUUUGUGCUGGAGAAGCCUAUUGAUCUGAAGAAGGGCGAUAAGAUUGAAGGAACGUUCUAUUGCACCAAAAGCAGCAGGAAUCCAAGAGCGUUGGAUUUGAGGAUCGUGUACGAGGUCAAGAGGAUGGAAAAGAGCAGUAGGGACAGUGAGAAGGCGGAUCUGACGUUCUACCUCCGCUAAAAAGGACAAUUCAACAUAGAAUCUCAUAAUAAAACAUAUUGUGUUUGCUAUACGAGCC